AUGUACGGUGGUUUGACAGGUUUGGACAAGAAGGAGACUGUCAAGAAGCAUGGAGCAGAUCAGGUGCAGAUCUGGCGUCGGAGCUUCGACAUUCCUCCACCCGCCCUGGAGAAGGAGGGAGAGAACAAGUACCACCCAUGCCACGAAGCCAAGUAUGCAGACCUGGAUCCAAAGGACCUGCCAGACACCGAGUGUUUGAAGGACACCAUCGCACGUGUGAUGCCCUACUGGGAGGAGACCAUUGCCCCUGCACUGAAAGCAGGAAAGACCGUUUUCGUGGCCGCACACGGGAACUCCAUCCGCGCCAUCGUGAAGAUGAUCGAAGGUCUCUCUGACGACGUGAUCCCGGGAUUGGAGAUCCCGACAGGGACACCCUUGGUCUACGAGCUUGACAAGGACUUGAAACCCUUGCCGACCAGCCUGGCUGUGGAGCCCUUGAAGUUCGGGCGCUAUUUGGGCGACGCAGCCCCUUCGUACCGCACCGGGAGGGGAGUCGAAGUGGAGCGGAAGGGGCGUCAAGAGCAUCGGCGGAGUCACAGUUUCUCAGUACGGCACAAAAACAUUGGACGAGAGAGACGAGGGGGAAAGUUGAGUGAAAGUUCCUAG